AUGGAUAAUCUAAGUUACAUAUUUAUUUUUGAUUUAAUAAUCAUUUUGUUUUCUUGCUUUCCAGAAAAUUUUACCCACGAUAAAAAUUUAAAAGAUGUUUUAAUUUGUCUAAGAUAUUCUAAUUUAAAUUUCGAAAAAUACACUUUACACUUUUUAACAAUUUACGGAAUACUUCCUAUUGUAUUGAUCUGUACGAUAUUAAUAUCCUUUAAAAUGUAUACGCAUGAUUUUGUUAAGCCUAUACAAAGAUCUUAUUUGUUAACUGUAUUUUUAUAUAUUUCUAGUUUAAUUAUUAAUCUUUGUGUGACUGAUUUUAUUUUGAAUAUGCAUGUAGCACUAACUUCUUUAGAUUUAGAUAUCGAUUCAGGUUAUUUUUAUAUUUUCAAAAUAUUUAACAGAUUAAUAUCUUUAACAAUCAAUGUUAUUAUUUUUAUUUUAACUUUUCUAUGUGCAGAAAUUAUUAUAGCUUUCCGCCUUAAUUCGAUACCUCUUAGAAAUUAUUACAUUCUAAAAAGGAAUAAUUACUGCCUCUUUUCUGUAAUAUUCUUUGUGGUUUUUUACACGUGUAUUUUCAUAAAAUUUAUAAUCCCAAUGUAUGGAUAUUUAAAAAGUAUGACUCUUAUUUUAAUUAUUCUAAAUACAUCUAUCUUUUCUGUGGCUAUAACAAAUAUGAUAUUUUUUUAUGUUUAUCUCGAUCAUGUAAAUUCAUAUAUCCUACAACACUCAAGAAUUUAUAGAAAUUUUGUGGAAUAA